GCUCAUAUAUCUCUGAGUGUUUAUAACCUCCACCUUUAAAUUAAAGCAACGCAGUUGAUUUUUGUUGGAACAUUUUUGGCUGCAGACUUUUAUAUAUUUUUGUAGAUAUUUAUAAUUAAUUUAUAGUUGCUGCAGAGACUCUUUGGCUAGCUGAGAGAAGAAACAGCCUGGAGUGAGCUAAGUACUGAACCUAACGCAUCAGGUGUGUGACGUCAGCUGGACCUGGACAGGUAUGAAUGAAGCGAGGACAGAAAUCAAAGUGAAAAGAGUUUCCUCAAGAAAAAGGUCCAGAGACAGCUGGAAGACUCACCUGACUCCUGCCAGAAAGAGAGGAGGAGGAGGAGGAGGAGAGGAGCUAUGUCCCAGGAACUGGAAGCUCAGCAGCAUCAUGGCUGAUAUAAAAGCUGUUGAGUACUGCAGUGACAGUGAGGACUUAUUUGGGGACUAUGACAGUAUCUUGGAGGACAGUUCUCUCUUAGCAAAGCUGGACGAUGCAGAGCAGAAUGAGCGUCAGCGUGACCUCCAGACCAACGCUGUGGAUCAGCAGCAGGACUUCACAAGUCUGCGUCCGUCAAAACCGUCCGUCUACGGCGUCCAGAGACGAUCCAGCGAGGACGUCCUCACCGACUCCAUCCUGGACGGCCUCGGAGACGAACCCUUCGAGGACUUACCGGCCAGCCAGCUGGAAUUUCAAGAACAAGUUAAUGAGAACGCGAAGAAGAGCCGACUGCAGGAUGGAGAUAAAACCUCAACACCUUUUAGAAGCGCAGACGCAAAGAGAGACACGCACGAUAAAACCAAGAGACAGACGAAGGCGAGGAGGAGCGUGGCCGACCAGCUGAAGAAGACGAUGCUCUGCAACGCCGCCGCUCCCUCUGAGCUCUCUCGCUCCGUGGUGCUGAAAGAAGCGGUGGUUUCUGAGGAGAUCAGCGUCGCCAUGCUGGCCAUGGAGACCGUAUCUGCUCAGACCACCGACCUCGGACCUUUCUUUGGACUUCCCACCAAAGUCAAAGACCUGAUCUACAACCUGAGAGGAAUCAAGAGCCUUUAUGAUUGGCAGGAGACGUGUCUGAACCUGGACUGCGUUCAUCAGAGGAAGAAUCUGAUCUACUCGCUUCCCACCAGCGGAGGGAAAACUCUGGUAGCAGAGAUCCUCAUCCUCAGAGAGCUGCUGUGCAGGAAGAAGGACUGUCUGUUCAUUCUGCCGUACAUAUCUCUGGUGCAAGAGAAGGUUCGUGGGUUAGCGAGCUUUGGCCUGGAGCUGGACUUCAUGGUGGAGGAGUACGCUGGCAGCAAGGGGAAGUUUCCUCCGAUGAAGAAGAGGAAGCAGAGGUCUCUUUACAUCGCUACGAUAGAAAAAGCUCACAGCCUCGUCAACUCUCUGAUCGAGACCGACCGGCUGGACCACCUCGGGCUGGUUGUGGUCGAUGAGCUUCACAUGCUGGGAGACGGCAGCAGAGGGGCGGUGAUAGAAAUGACUCUAGCUAAAGUUUUAUACGUGAGCAAAAUGACUCAGAUUAUUGGGAUGAGCGCCACUCUGGGAAACAUCAAAGACUUGCAGACGUUUUUGAAAGCUGAAAACUACACGAAUGACUUCAGACCUGUUCAGCUGAAAGAAUACGUUAAACUGAAUGACACCAUCUAUGAAGUGGACCCGAAAGAAGAGGACUGCUUCAGAUUAUCACGUCCUCUCAACUACAAGUACUCCAGCUCGAUGCAGAAGAUCGACCCGGAUCACAUCAUCGCUCUGGUGACCGAAGUCAUCCCGAAUCAUUCCUGUCUCGUCUUCUGCCCUACGAAGAAAAACUGUGAGAACGUUGCAUCGAUGAUCUGCAAAUACCUGAAAGAGGACUUUCUAAGGCACCGGGAGAAGGAGAAGUUCGUGCUCCUCAGAGAUCUGAAGGACAGCGGGAACGGCUCGGUGUGUCCGGUGCUGCGGAGGACCGUCCCGUUCGGUUUGGCGUAUCAUCACAGCGGUCUGACCAGCGAGGAGAGGAAGCUGGUGGAGGAGGCGUACUCUAACGGUGUGCUGUGUCUCCUCACCUGCACCUCCACGCUGGCUGCAGGCAUCAACCUUCCUGCACGCAGAGUGAUCCUGCGCUCGCCGUACGUGGCCACCGACUUCCUGAAGAGGAGCCAGUACAAACAGAUGGUGGGACGAGCCGGGAGAGCGGGCAUCGACACGGAGGGAGAGAGCAUCCUCAUCCUGCAGGACAGAGACAGGAACAUGGCUAAAAAUCUUGUUUGUGCUCCGAUGGAGAGCUGUUACAGCAACCUGAUGCACGGCGAUGGGAAAGGCGUCCUGAGUCUCAUCCUGUCGCUCAUCGGACUGAAUAUCACUCAGUCUGUGGCUCAGAUUUGGGACUUCCUGUGCGGGACGCUGCUGUACGUCCAGCAGCAGCAGCUGUGUGUGGAGAAGAGUCUGCAGGACGUCGUUCAGCAGUGUGUCGACUUCCUGAAGGAGAAAAACCUCGUCACCGCCUCUGCAGACGCACACGGGGAAAGUCUGCAAGUCACCAAGCUUGGAAGAGCUACGUUUAAAGGCUCGGUGGAUCUGACUCGCAGUGACGAGCUGUACUCAGACCUCUCUAAAGGUUUGGAGGGUCUGCUGCUCAACAGUUACCUUCACCUGGUCUACCUGGUGACACCGUACGACAUGAUCUCACAGUGCAAACCUGACUGGAUGAUUUACUUCAGACAGUUCACGCUGCUUUCUGCUGCCGAGCAGAAGAUGUCCGCCACUGUCGGAGUGCCUGAAAGUUUUGUAGCUAGAAAAGCUGCAGGUCAGACUGUGAAAAAGAGUAUGAACAUGGUGGUGGUGAGUAGGAUGUAUUUGGCUCUCGUGCUGUUUUCUCUGCUGAAGGAGACAAACUUGUGGAGCGUCUCCGACAAGUUUCAGCUGAGUCGAGGUUUCAUCCAGACGCUGCUCAGCUCCUCGUCGGCCUUCUGCUCCUGCGUGCUGCACUUCACUGAGGAGCUGGAGGAGUUCUGGCCGUUCAGAGCUCUGCUGACUGAGCUGACGCGGAGGCUGAGCUACUGUGUGCAGGCUGAGCUGAUCCCUCUGAUGGAAGUAGUCGGAGUCAUGGAGUCGAGAGCGAAGCAGCUGUAUAACGCUGGCUAUAAGACGCUGACUCACCUGGCGAACGCCGACCCAGCAGUUCUCUCCAAGACGAUAGAAAACCUCUACAAGAAACAAGCCAACCUGAUCGUAGCCUCGGCUAAAAUGCUGCUGAAUGAAAAGGCGGCGGCGCUUCAGGAGGAAGUGGACGAGCUGCUGAUGAUGCCGAUAGAUUUCCCCUCAGCUUCACAAACACAACAACUCACCUGAGUUCAUUCAUUACUGAGAAGUUUUAUUCUCUGUGUAAAAAACUGAUAGCUUCAUUUUUUUAUGCCAUUGUGUCACUGAAAAUAUAUAUCAUCAUUAUCAUCAUUAUUAU